AUGUUGACAAACGAAACGACUUUCUCCUCAACUCUAGACAACUGUGUUGCUCAGCGCUCACUUGUUUCCAUAGAAACGACGCGCCGCGUCGAUCUCGCGAUACCACUCUCUGUUACAUACGAUUCAUUUAAAUCCCCCAACGAGCUGGAGCUGUGUUUUCGGACGCUAGCGUGCGCUUCCUGGCGGAUACUGAGCAUGUCUCUUCUUCAUGCUGUUGACGAAGCGGUCAAGAUGUGCAAAGCUGAAGAAUCAAGACUCACUGAAAAUGUCCGACAGUGCAAGGAGAUUUUACGCUCCAUGAGAACGCGUGUGACAGAAACCAGUGAGCUGGAGACUGCAGCAGCCAUCGGAACUGAAGCCGCAGAUCUUCUGCCCGGAGAAAAACAAGAGAUUGAAUUGUUGGAGCAGGUUUUAAAAAAAGCACUGAAAAUCCGCAGCACAUCUGAGGCUCAUAAAGAACUUCGCCCUAAUGAGAGAAAAAAUAAAGCACUCUUUAAUUAUACCGUUAAAGAGGAGGAUAAAAGAAAACUGGUGAAAUCUGUCCCUCUGUCUGAGACGUGCAAAAAACCCAUUCAUCAGAGACGGGCCGGAGGGAAUGUGACCCACGGGGGCCCCUGGACGCGGCCGGUUCUGGUCCGGAAGGGACCGACUGCUCAUCCGGUGGUCAACGGAAGGCCGUCAGUCUCAAAGAGCGCUUCAGCGAAGAUCUCUUCCACACGAUCCCAACAAAAGAUGUGUGUCAAAGCCACAAACGCUGAAGAUAAUUCCCCUUUAGUCUCCUGCCAAGAAGUGUCAGCAUCCGGUAAAGAUGGGGAAGUCUCAACAGGAAGCGUGCGGUCUAAGGAGCAAUGGAUACCAUCCCCUUUGUUACCAGCUUGGCGAGCACAGAGAACAAAACAGGAGCGAUUGUGGAAGAAAGUGUUAACCCAGCAAUCAAAGCCAGUACCAGAGAGAACCAAAUUCACAGAGAGACUGCGAGACACUUUCCCGUCCGAAUUGCCUUCUGUAUGUCCUGCUGAUAUCACAGCAGAGCUGGACGUGCUUACACAGCGCUGUCUUGACCUGACGCACUGCUUAAAUGCUGAGCUACAGGCCCAGAAGGACUCAGAGUCAGGUACGCGCGCCCGGGGCAGAAAGAUGGAGGGCUGCAGGAAGACAGAAGUGGUUAUGGGUAAUUUGGGUUGUUGGGGGGGUUUGGAGAGGAUGACGGCAGAACUUAUUACGUGUGCUGACCAUCGGAAGAAAGACUGGGAGAGAUGGGAUAUGAGGAUCUCUGGAGCUUUGUGUCCCGUCCGGAGGAGAGGUGAAUGGGGCGACCCGGCCCGUUCCUGCCUGCCGCCCGUCCUGUCGUACAGCAGUGAGGCUGAACUGAGAGAGCUGGAAAGCCAAAGGCUCAGAGUAGAACAACUUCAGCAGGCCGUUCGUCUUCAGCAGGCGAUGUCCGAUAGCCUUGCGUCUUACUGGAGCUCUCGUCCCGUGGUUCUGCGGGGCUUGUACUCGCUGCUGGCGGAGGGAGGGGUUCAGUUCCCAUCUCUGGUUUUGGAUUCGGAGUCAGACUGAGCAAAAACAAGAUUGUAUUUCAGGGUCAGUGGACUGAAUUCCCGGAAGCACGGUAGGGAGGUUUUCCUGCGAACUGACGCAAAGCAAACCGUACGCAUGUUCUGUGUGUGCAUUUGGCUCAGAUGUUGAACAAUCGGUCACGUGACUGGAGAGUGCAGCUGCUGCUAAGAAACUCAAAUAAAGCUUCCAGCUGAUGUCUCUCAGGA